AUGACGCUCCCAAUAGAAGACAGAAAGAAUGAAAUACAGAACUUAAUUCGGGAGAAUCAGGUGCUUGUUCUGUCAAGUGAAACGGGAACAGGAAAGACAACACAGGUCCCAAAGUACAUAUAUGAAAUGUACAACGAGUCUGUGGUCUGCUCCCAGCCCAGAAGAAUUGCAGCGAUUAGCAUUGCUAAGAGAGUCUCAGAGGAAAUGAAGCAGACUCUUGGCAAGUUAGUGGGGUAUUCUGUUCGAUUUGAAGAGUGCCUUUCAGAGCAUACAAAAAUAAGGUAUGUUACGGACGGAACUUUAAUAAGAGAUUUCAUUAAUGAUGCAAGCAUAUCCCAGUACAAAGCUAUCAUAAUAGAUGAGGUGCACGAAAGAACAAUUAAUAUAGACCUGCUGCUGGGGCUAGUCAAAGAUGCAAUUGCAAUCAGAAGUGACUUAAAGGUGGUUAUAAUGAGUGCUACGCUUUCAACAAAUAAAUUCACAGAAUACUUCCCAGGAGCAGCCACGCUUCACAUUACCAGCAGGUCCUUCCCAAUUGAAGUAAGAUAUCUGCCGGCUGAAAAGGAUGAGUAUGUUGAAAAAGCAGUUGAAAUUGCAAUGAAAAUAAACGAAACAGAGAAGGAAGGGGAUAUCCUGGUGUUUCUAACAGGAGAGGAUGAGAUUGAAACGUGCUGCCGAGAAGUGUUCUACCAACAGAAUGCACUAAACAGAAAGAAUCCAGCGCAGAAACAAAAGCUGCUUCCCUUGCCGCUAUACUCUUCGCUUCCGAUGCAUGCACAGAACAUGAUAUUCAACAAGACAAAGGAAAGGAAGGUCAUUUUUGCAACAAACAUAGCAGAGACUUCAAUUACAAUAGAGAGCGUGGUGUAUGUGAUAGACUCAGGAUACUCAAAACAGAAGAUCUAUGAUUCAAAAAUUCAAUCAGAAAUGCUCCUGAAGCUGCCCAUUUCUAAGUCAAGUGCUGACCAAAGAAAGGGAAGAGCUGGGCGAGUUAGAGCCGGAAUAUGCUACAGGCUCUAUGCACAGGAGAUGUACGAUGAAAUGGAGCAGUUUACAAUUCCAGAAAUUCUCAGAGGAGAGCUGUCUUCUUUGGUUUUAAAAAUGGCAAGGCUGCACAUAAAGAAUCUAGUGACUUUUGACUUUAUAGAGCCACCUCUUCCAGAGUCUGUUAUUGUUGCUCUGAAUCAACUUUACUUCCUUGCAGCCAUUGAUGAAAAAGGAAACAUCACAGAAGAGGGCCGGCUUAUGGUGGAGUUUCCGCUAGAGCCGCGAGAUGCAAAAAGUCUGCUGGAAUCAGUGCGGUACAAUGUAGAGGAUGAGUUAGUCACUUUGUCCUCAAUCUCAGGCAAUUUAAUAUUUGACAAAAAGAAGUUUGAUCUGGCAAUUCCAAAUAGCGACCAUCUUUCGCUCUAUUUGAUCCUGAAGGACUACGAAGGAAGCAAUGACAGAAGAGGAUUCUGCUAUGCACACGGGCUAAAUGAAAAGAAUCUGGAGAAUGCAAUUAAAUCCAAACGGCAAAUUCGAAAGAUUUUGGACAACAUAAAGCCACACAUCACCAUAAAUCCAGACAUAAACCAAUUCACAGUUCAGGAAAGAGUGGAGUUUGCGAUUCUAGGUGGCUACUUAUUGCAAACAGCAUAUGCCACCAGGGAGAGAAUGGCAUUCGUUGCAGGAACUGGAACUAAAGUGCAAAUUAGACGACUUGAGCCUCCAAAAAAAGCUAUGCGCGGAAGAAGAAUCCAGGAUAGUAUAGACCAAAAAUGGACUAUAUAUAAAGAGCUCACAAAAAUGGAUGGAAAGUAUGUUAUACGCAUGGUAAGUGAUAUAAGUCAUGGCAUUGCAGAAAAGCUCUUUAAAAAGCACUCUGUGAGGCUAAAUGCAAUUCAGUUUUCAUCUGACACUGCAAUAGAAGCAAGCCGAAGGAGAUAA